AUGCUGUCGAGAUAUUUUAAACGAUUCGUGUUUAGUAACCACCGGUAUUUACAACGCUGCAAAUUAUAUUCGUCACAAAAUGUAAUCUCUGCAAGCGAUGGCAUCGUGUUAAGUGAUACCUGUGUAAAACGAUUGAAGGAAUUGUGCAGCCACGAUUCGUUUUUAAGAUUAUGUGUCGAGAGCGGAGGGUGCUCAGGUUUUCAGUAUAAAUUCAAUUUGGAUAACCAGCUUUCAAAUGACGAUAAAAUUUUUGAAAGAGAUGGAGUAAAAGUAGUAAUUGAUGAGACAUCUUUAGAUUAUAUUAAAGGAUCCACAAUAGACUAUCAUACUGAAUUAAUAAGAUCUGCCUUUAGGGUAGUGCAAAAUCCAAAUGCAGAUAUUGGUUGUUCCUGUGGUGCUAGCUUUUCUAUCAAAAUUGAUUAG